UCAGUAAUUAGCGUGACAUGGUCGGUCGGCUAUGUAAAAUAAGAAACAAGUACAACAAUAAUGGAAGACAGAAAUAAAUCGGUUACACAAAAUACCAGUCCAAACUGAGCACAUACGCACAGCAAUGAAAAACGAUAAGAAGUUACUUAUGUUAACAUAAUAUUAUCGUUGAUUGAUAGUCGAACGUGAAUCGUGGACCGAAUAACACUGUCAUCCCCAGAUAUGCAUAUGCUCUCCGACUCUUAACAAACCAUGUUUUAUUUAAUUUGUGAAUUUUACUAAAGUAUUAUUUAUUGACAAAAUUUAUUUUGUUCUACCACGCGGUAAGCAAUAUAUUCACAAGAAAUACAAAUAGCAUGGAUUUGUAUACCGCGUGCACAUUGAAUCACCCCAAGGUUACCGAUUUACUGAGUGAUAACUUGAACACAGCCAAUAACAAGGGAUGGACAUACCUAAUGUACGCGUGUUAUUAUGGAAAUGAAGCGCUUGUCAAUCGUAUAGUGGACACAGAUUCAACAACUUUAUUUGCAAUUAACAAAGACAAACAAACACCAUUGAUGAUAGCGAUUAUGUCCGGAAAUGUAUCUAUCGUAGAGAAAACAUUCCACAAUGACAUAAUGGAGGUACCUGAUAAGUUGGGUAGAACAGCAAUGUUUUAUGCAGUGUUGUACAACCAAGAAGACAUUUUGGAGUUCUUUAUCGAAAAAGGAGCUAAUUCUGACGUCAUUGAUAAAUUUGGGAAAACUAUGACGAUGACUGCCAUUUCUAAAGGGUUUCGGAGAGUAAUGAAAUUGCUUUCGGGAUAUUGUAAUAAACGAGGGAAUGAUAUCAAGAUAGAAAACACGUGGGAAGACCACCAUGAAUUUUCCAAUUUUGACAAAGAAAACGACAAUGAGCGUUUAGAUUACCAACUAGAGAAGCUAUUACGACAAUUAUCAUUGGAAAAAUACUGGCCUAUGUUUGACGAACUAAGUAUUGGUUAUGAAGAUUUUUUGAAAUUAACCGAAGAAGACUUAAAAAAUAUUGGCAUUACCUUAUUCGGUCCAAGAAGAAAAUUAAUUAUGACUAUUAAUAAAUUAAAUGAAUUGAGAUCUUCAGAAGAACACACAAGAAGUUAACUUAAUUAUUUUAUUUUAUAACAUUUUAUAGGUAAUAAUAAUAUAUUUUUGUGAUUUUUUUUUACUACAAUUUAUUUUUUACAAUUUUACUUAUGUUAGAAAAUGUGUUGAAACUUGAACUAUUAAUUUUUUUUUUGUCGAAAUAACCUAAUUUUAUAUUCAGAGACGUAAAACAU